GUUGCGGAGGCUUUAAAUGGCUUAGUUAAAAGGCCGAAAUGGAGGGCUUAUUCCAUGGUAUUGCAGUGGGUACCAAGGGAUUAGCUAUUUCUUUGCUGCAAUUUGCUGAUGAUACUAUGAUUAUGGGGAAAGCAGAUAGUGAGAAUAUUUUCAUGGUCAAAACCAUUUUAAGAUGGUUUGAGCUAAUGUUUGGGUUGAGGAUUAACUUCAGUAAAAGUUGUGUUUCUAGUUUAAAGGUGUCUCAACGGUGGAUUCAAGGGGCGGCAAGUGUUCUGCAUUGUGAAGUAGGGAAAAUCCCUUUAAUGUAUUUGGGAAUGCCUAUUGGGGGGAAGAAUGGGAGUAGCAAAAUGUGGGAUCCGGUUAUAAAUAAAUUCCGUGUUAAGCUGGCUGCCUGGAAGUCCGCUGCAUUGUCUGUUAGUGGUCGUAUCACUUUACUUAACUCGAGGUCCUUUUUGUGGGGUGGGGUGGAAUUAAAGAGGAAGAUUCCAUGGGUUAAGUGGGAUUAUGUGUGCACUAGUAAGAGGAAGGGAGGUCUUGGUGUGUCGGAUUUGCAUCGUAAAAAUUGGGCACUUUUAGGGAAGUGGUGGUUUAAACUAGGUGAUGGAGCAGAGGGAUUGUGGAAACAAGUGGUGUGGGAGAAGUAUUAUGGUGGAAGGGAGGAAGUAGAUAUUACAGCAGUAGAUACAGUUCAAGUGUCUAGGAUUUGGAAGGAUGUUAUUAGUAUUGGUUUGUGCUCUAGUAGUUUAAAGAAUAUGUUGGUGAAUGGUUUUAAAUGGGAGGUGGGGGAUGGUAGUCGGGUACAUUUCUGGAGAGAGGUUUUGGUAGGGGACAAGCCUUUGAGAGAUUUAUGUCCUCGAUUGUUUGAGUUGGCAGUAAAAAAGGAUGGUUUAGUUAGUGAGAUGGGGGGUUGGGAGGAAGGUUGUUGGAGAUGGAAUAUAGCUUGGAGGAGGGGGCGAUUAGGUAGGGAGCAGGAUGAAGAGCUGGUGUUAUGGGAGACUAUAAAUAGAGCUCAAAUAAAGGCAGGUACUGAUGAUUGUUGGCAUUGGGUGCAUGGUUCAGAUGGGAAGUAUGUGGGUGCUAUCUUGGUGAGGAAUGGAGACGGUGUUGCCGAAUGUAGUGGGGGGAGUAGCAGAAUUUUUCUUGUUUGGAUUGGAGCAUUUAAAGGAAAUGUGGUUCAAAGGGAUGACUUGGUGGAGAUGAUACAGGCCAAGACUUUCUUCUGGAUUAAAAAUUACUUGCAGGGCUAUGUUUUUUCGCUGGUUGAUUGGAAGAUCAAUCCGGUGGAGACUGCUGCAGAUAUAAGAAAGAACAAAAGCAUGCUGAAGGAGUUCUGCAGGAAUAUAAAUGGUAGGAAGGAUUAGGUGCAGAUCACAUGUUUUUGUUUUUUUUUUGGAAAUGGCUGCUAUAUGAGUACUUUAUGAUUUUAAAUUUCUGCUGUAUGUAGUUUUUACUUUUGUAGAAGGGUUGGAGUACCCCUUGUAUUCCAUAU